CGAGGGUGCUGGACAAAGAGCGGGCGGCGGAGGGCGUUUGCCUGCUAGCCCCGACGUUCCGAGUUGUCCCCCGCCACCCCCCAGCUCAGUUCAGUCUCCGGUCGCUUUCCACGGCCCAAGCCCAGCCUUCCUAGGCCGGGAGUGGCAGGCUCCCGGAGUCCUCCCGGGCGGUUGGCUGGCCGCUGGAGUUAGUGGGAGGAGGCCAACCAGGCGAGGCGCGGAGCAAAGCUGUCAAACUGCGCUCGGGAACCGGUCGCGGGGCGGGAGGAAGGGAGAGGAGGAGAGGAGGAGGGAGGGGACGGGAGGGGAGGGGCAGGCAGGAGCGGAGAGAGAGCGAGCGGGCUCGCCGCGCCUGAGCAACCCCUGUCUGUCGCUGCCGCUGUCGCCUCGGCCGCCGGCGGCCCGGACUGUCCUCCCCCCCUCCCCCCCGGAGCGCAGGGUGUGUGCGCCCCGCUGCGCGCGGAGCGCGGAGGCUCCUCCAGCCCCAGCUCGUCGCCCCGGCCCGCGCGCGGGUCCCGGAGGGCGCCGACCCCACCAUGCAGCUGCAGUUCCGAAGCUGGAUGCUGGCCGCGCUCACGCUGCUCGUGGUCUUCCUCAUCUUCGCAGACAUCUCGGAGAUCGAAGAAGAAAUCGGGAAUUCUGGAGGCAGAGGUACAAUCAGAUCAGCUGUGAACAGCUUACAUAGCAAAUCUAAUAGAGCUGAAGUUGUAAUAAAUGGCUCUUCACCGCCAGCUGUGGUUGACAGAAGUAAUGAAAGCAUUAAGCACAGCAUCCAGCCAGCCUCGUCCAGAUGGAGACACAACCAGACGCUCUCUCUGAGGAUCAGGAAGCAAAUUUUAAAGUUCUUGGAUGCGGAGAAAGAUAUUUCUGUCCUCAAGGGGACCCUGAAGCCUGGAGACAUUAUUCACUAUAUCUUUGAUCGAGACAGCACAAUGAACGUGUCCCAGAACCUCUAUGAACUCCUACCCAGAACCUCACCCCUGAAAAAUAAGCAUUUCCAGACUUGUGCCAUCGUGGGCAACUCGGGGGUCUUGCUGAACAGCGGCUGUGGGCAGGAGAUUGACACACACAGCUUCGUCAUAAGGUGCAACCUGGCUCCAGUUCAGGAGUAUGCCCGGGAUGUGGGCCUCAAGACAGACCUAGUGACCAUGAACCCCUCGGUCAUCCAGCGGGCCUUUGAGGACCUGGUGAAUGCCACGUGGCGGGAGAAACUGCUGCAGCGGCUGCAUGGCCUCAACGGCAGCAUCCUAUGGAUACCUGCCUUCAUGGCCCGGGGUGGCAAGGAGCGUGUGGAGUGGGUCAACGCUCUCAUCCUGAAGCACCACGUCAAUGUGAGAACGGCUUACCCUUCCCUGCGCCUGUUGCACGCAGUCCGUGGAUAUUGGCUGACCAACAAAGUCCACAUCAAAAGACCAACCACUGGCCUCUUGAUGUACACCCUGGCCACACGUUUCUGCAAUCAAAUCUACCUCUAUGGCUUCUGGCCCUUUCCACUGGAUCAGAAUCAGAACCCCGUCAAGUACCACUAUUAUGACAGCCUCAAGUAUGGCUAUACCUCCCAGGCUAGCCCCCACACCAUGCCCUUGGAAUUCAAGGCCCUCAAGAGCCUACAUGAGCAGGGGGCAUUGAAACUGACUGUCGGCCAGUGUGAUGGGGCUACGUAAGGAGGGCAAGCCCAUGGGACUCAGUGGCUCACUUUCCUGCCAGCUACACCACAGGCAGAUGGGAGUCGGGGUGGCACAAACAUAGAACAAGCAGGCUAGUGGUUUUCUUUGUUAAAGUGUAAAACAGUGACCAGAAUAUAUAUAUCUAUUCCUGCAUAUAUAUAUUGACCUGAGUAUUUAUAACUGUGUGGUGUUCAUCUAGCAUUAGGCAGAUAAGCCACAGGAAGAAGGUGUGGAGAACCCACCUGGACCAAAUGGAGACUCGGUCCAUCUUUGGGGGCAGAAGGACUUGACAUGCAAAGAAGCCAGUCCCGUGACUUUGGAUGACAACCCGCCUCCUGGGCUGGAUGGAUCUUUGGGCUCAUGGAUGAAUGGAGAGCCACCUGUUGUCAGCUUCCCCGAACCUCUGAGUGAUGUGUGGAUUCUGGGUAGCUCAGACCCAGAGAGAACAGCUUGGACCAGUCUGAAGAGGUGCAGUUUCCUGGAGGAGAGACUUGGAGAGUUCCGCUGGGCAAAGAGGCACAAGGAAACCAAGCAGCAGCGGUCACAGCAGAGCUGAGGGCCUUAUUCAUGAACUUGAGAGUGCAAGUGCCCAACGGGCAAGCACAGAUGGCACCUGUGUCCCUGACAGACCUUCACAGCUAUGGAGAAAACUCAGUGGACAGCCCCAUAUUCUGGCUAGAUAAGUACCACCCAGGACUUAGUAGGGUGGAACCGCAGAUGGCCCUAAAGAGGUAGAUUGUUGUAAAUCAUGGUUUCAGAAACUUGAGAUCCUCAAGGAGUUUGCUCCGCCUCAGAAAAGGACAAAAGAGUUGUCCAAAAUACAGUCAUUUUGUUGGAUGAGGCCCACUGAGGAAGGAGUGCUCCUAGAACUUCAACUUCCAGGUUAGCUUUCAUCCCGUUCCUCUCAGAACGUCACACGAGGGGACUCCAAUGUCCCAUCUACCACCAACCAGAAAGACACAGCAAAUGCAUGAAAGGGCGCAGUCACGAUAGGAAUCAUUCUGUUCAAAACAUAUACAAUUGCUUUUCUAGGCACCUCACAGAGCCCCCAGAGCCGGACACCUGGAUGACUGUGAACAUCCAGCUCUGGAUCUCUGCGGUCACUCUGUUUACUUUCGCAUCCUGCACGCUGACGGUCCCCUGCAGCCAGCCUGCUGUGUCCGCGUCACCUUGUCACUUUCCCAUCUUGACAGUCAUGCCUGCCCACACCAAGCUCCACCAUGGAGAUUUUCAGCUCUUCCGUGAGAGGUCCCAGUGUCCACCCUACACACCCGCCCACCCUCACCCCCCUACUCCAGCAAUGGCUGCAGAGUUUUUGCAAAAGCCUUCCCCCCAGCCCCAUUAAGAUUCCCACUUAAGACUUGUUUUUCUUAUAAAAGCCCAAAGCCAAACACAGUUCCAAACACUGGACAUAAUCUCCAGGGAAAGUCUGGGCUCAAUGCCAACAACUUAGGGGUCACUCACAGUAAAGCCUUAGCCAGCUUGCUGUGUUAGAUGCAGUCCCUUGCCUGAUAAACAAUGGUGUUUUAAAACAUACUUGAAAGAUAAGUGUUAAAAAAAAAAAAACAGACUAUUAUCUUGAAGGUGAAGAGAGUUAAGAAAAGUAAUCAAGAUCUGCUCCCAAGCAUAUGAGGCCUGACGUAAUUAAUCAACAGCCAUUCAGAACACGACAUUUGCUCUAAGUUAAUGGCUGAUGGGAAGUGAGCAGAGACAAUGGAGGGACACCCUAGAACCAUUAACCCUGUGUACAGUUCCUCCGGCCCCAAACCAACAUGCGGAUUGUACCUCUCUGCGUUUCCCUUUGUUCUUGUUGCAGUAUGAAGCUUGGGAUUUGGGACUUGCAUCACAAAAUGAAUAUUUAAAAAAGCAACAGCCCUAACAGCCUCCCUGGGAGCUGAAUGGUUCAGCCUCCUCAUGAGCAGUGGAAAUAAUUAGCAUCAUAUUUUACAUGUCUCCAGAGCCUUUCAUCUUAAGGCUCUCAAAGGCUCUAGAAGACAUUUAAUUUCUGAAGUUUGCAGUGCCCAGGAGGAAGAGGGACAGUUGCCAGCAGGGCCUUGCAUUAGCAAAGCUCUUGGAUGUCAGAGCAUUCCAUGUGGAAUCAUGAAGGAACCCAGAGGUCAGGUUCCAGAGGUAACCCUGAGCUCCACCCAGCAUCCUCUCCCUGCAGAGGAGUUAAAGGAUCAGUUGUCUAACUGGACUUACAUGGGCUGUAACCUGAUGGGGAAAGGGCAGAGGUCCCAGGACCACCCAUGUUUGCCCUUUCCCUAACUCAGCAGGCCCUGGGCAUGUAACAACAGAAACUGUGUGGGCCUUAGCUUUUCCUCUCCUUGUUCUUCUCCAGACAGACUACUGGGAAUUCAGUUGGGGCUGGGUUUUACUGAAGCCUUUUAACAUAAGCUGGUUGCCCUUGGCCCUGGUCAGGGAGGCACAGCAUGCACUCCUAACCUGAUAGCAGCCACAGUCAGCCACAGCAUCUCAUCAGCCUCAGCCAGUCUCCUCUACUAUUGGCCAUCAGUCACCUCCUCAGGCCACCUACCUAAGCCUCCCAGACUUCCAUUUACUUUGUGCCCCCAGUGACCCCACCCUCAGUCUCUGCCGUUACCAAAAAAGGAGAGAAGGGCAUUUGACAUGAGACCUUGGCCUCUCCCUCCCACUUAACCUUCAUUCUCCCAUUCCUGAGUAAACGGGGUCCCUCCUGUAGCCAGGGAGUUUUCCCCUCUCACACCCUCAGUCUCUUCAUUGCUUCUCUUACAUCCACCCUGAUUCCUAUAACCUCUCUACUUAACUCCUCCACUACCAGACCUAGGAAGGGUCUCCAAGCCCUUUUGCCACCUAUAAUACCCUGGACCACAUCUUAGUGUGUCUUCCUAGCCCAUUCCCGGGACCAGCAUCUCAACACCUUCCAUGUGCUAAUUUGAAAGGCCUGUCUCAUUGCAAAGCUCAAUUCUCCUGGGCAUGAUACUAUGUUCUUAAGAUUCUACCCCUCCCGCCCCAAUCUCCAUGACCAUUUAUUUAUAUAUUUAUUUAUGUAUUUAUGAGUUAUUUAUUGGCAUUCCUACCUUGAGCUGAAAAGGGAGCCAAGGAAGAGCUGCCCAUUUCCACUUCUUCUCUCCCUGUACCACCAAGUAGCCAUUCCUUCCAACAAGGUCCUCCCCGAAGGCCUGUACACACUGCAUUAGCAGUUCCAUGCUUUCCUUCAGACCUAACUACCACCACCCAAAGAACACCCUCCACUCCCCUUGGCUUCUUAGCUCCACAGGAAGCUCCAGUUCCAGGAUGACACGCCGCUUGUUAAACACACUCUAUCUGCUCUGGCAUCUGAAGCUAAGUAGACAUUCUGUCUUCCCUGCACGAUCCCCUGUUUUCCCACUGGAACACCAAUGAUUCUUUCAACACAGUCUGGGACCCUGAGAUGACCACCGACUCUUCCAUGUAUCCCCUCAUUACUCUUUCCAACUCGUCCCAACCUCGCCUCCACUUGCCCCAUAGACCCCUCAGUAGUGGUGUCCUCCCCCAGACCUCCCUGAGCAUGCACAAUGGUAUGUAACUCCAGUUCUUCACAAACCUUGAUAAGAUCCCCUGGCCCACAGGAAAAAAAAAAAAAGUUCCUGUCUUUAUUCUGACAUUACAGAGCACCCAGUCAGGUCCUUUCCUACCCUGCACCGGCCAAUGCAGAAGAGUUGUCACCACUGGAAAAGGGAGCCAUGUUUCCUGGCUCUGCACCUUUGGCCCUGCAGCUCUCAUCUUCUGGACCAUUCUUGAGUUUCUUCCAAGGCCCAUGCAGAGACCACAUCCUCCAUGAAGCCCUCCCUGAUCCACCAAGGCUGGGAUCUCUCCCUCCACGGAACCACCGCAGCACUUUAUUUGUAUCUUUCUCAUGGCACUUACCAUAUUCUGCCUUGUAUUAUAGCUACCUGUGCACUUGUCCUGUGUCUGUUCUUAGACUAUAAGCUUGCCAAGGGCAGGCACUGUUUUGCUCAUCUGUAUCCAUCACAGCACUAGGUGUGGUGCGUAGCACACAACAGUUGCUCAA